CAUUCCUUUGCAGUUCUCUUUUCGUUCUUGAUUUUUUGUUGAUUCGCUUCUUUUUGAAAAUGCCCGAUGAUGAGUUGCAUGUAACUGCCGGGGCUUUUCGAUGUCCAAGACACCACAACUGAUCCACCUCCUAGAACAUGGGGAAGAUAUGUCGUCCAACGCGUCGACGCGGUCUCCCGAGCUCCAACGACGAGACGACACCCGAGUCGUUUUCGUCCGAGGUCGAGAUGCUAAGUGCCUGGGCAGGCGCUUCCAACUUCCGUCAAUACUACGCCAAGUAAGGCGGACACAACGACAACCCUGGUCGACGGCGCGAUUCGACUCCACAGUCCGAACUCCCCCCCCGGCCGAGGGUUGGCGUUGGAGUAGUCAGUGGUGACAUAAACAACCUUGCCUACUGACUCUCUGCCUGCCGGGCCCAGUUUCUCGUCGUCGCCCAGCCGCCCAGCCGCCCAGGAAAGCAAGAUACCGCCGACCGUUCGACCGAUGUUGUGCCACCCAUUCCACGCUGGCGGUAUAUCGCCAUGACAGCUGUGGAACCUCUGGGGUUGACUGGAUCCUCCGGGGAGGGAUUGGCACGGGGUUGAGCCACGCUCUUUUUGAGGGGGAAUCCGCUUCUGGGUCAACUCUGACGACAUGAGGUUCAACAGUGGUGCGCUUUCCUCGGCUUACCGUCUUCUCUCAUUCUCAUCGGCAUCCCACAUAGAGGGCAACUGCAGGCUUUAAAGACUGAAGCUAUCGCCUCUGAUUCACGUCUCGUUCCAGCCUUGAUCACCUCCAGCCCUCUCCUCCUCUCCUCGCCUCCCUCUCUCUCUCUCUCCUCUCUUCUCUCACCUCACUUCUCUCCUCUCACUUCAUCUCACUUACCUUACUCACCUCUCUCUACCACGACUACUCUUUGGUCCCUUGCGGCGGAACCGCAAGCUAGCAAGAUGGGCGUCUCAGCCAAACAGCCAACGGCCAACGAGGCAAAGGCCGUCGGCCAGGAGCUCGCCAGCGUCCUCCCCAACGACGGCAUCCGCUGGUGGAGGAAGAAGCACCUCCUCCGGCUCAACUUCUGCAUCUUCUCCUUCAUGCUCUUCACCAGCUCCAACGGCUUCGACGGCUCCAUCAUGAACGGCUUCCUGGCCCUGCCCCAGUGGCGCGAGUUCAUGGGCAACCCGACGGGCGCCUGGCUCGGCCUCAUCAACGCCAUGUACUCCCUCGGCGCCGUCGUCGGAUACCCGCUCUGCGCCAUGCUCUGUAACCGCUGGGGCCGCAAGCUCGGCCUCUGGCUAAGCGUCGCCUUCGCCCUGGCCGGCACCGCCCUGCAGACCGCCGCCCCCAACGUCGCCGCCUUCAUCGCCGCCCGUUUCCUCAUGGGCGUCUCGCAGGGCCUCUCCGUCGGCGCCCCUCUCCUUAUCGCCGAGAACGCGUUUCCCACGCACCGCGGCAUCGCCUCCAGUAUCUACAACUGCGGAUGGUACAUCGGGGCCAUCGUUGCCGCCUGGGCGACCUUUGGAACCAGAAACAUGGAGGGCGACGUCUCCUGGCAGAUCCCCUCAGGCCUGAUGGCCCUGCUGCCCCUCAUGACGGUUCCCGCGCUCAUCAUGAUGGACGAAUCGCCCCGGUGGCUCGUCUCCAAGGACCGAGCCGACGAGGCGCGCGCCAACCUUGCCAGGACACACUGCGGCGGCGACAUCAACCACCCGCUCGUCUCCUUCGAGAUGGUCGAGAUCGAGGAGACUCUCAAGGCCGAGAAGGAGGCCAACGAGACGACCUCCUGGGCCGACCUGUGGGCCACGCCCGGCAACCGCCACCGUCUCUGGAUCUGCGUUUCCCUCGGCAUCUUUGCGCAGUGGUCAGGCAACGGCGUCGUCAGUUACUACCUGGCCAUCAUCCUCGAGUCCGUCGGCAUCACAUCCGUCACCGACCAGACGCUCAUCUCGGCCUGCCUUCAGAUCUGGAACCUCAUCUGGUCUGUGGCCGCCGCCGUCUGCGUCGACAAGGUCGGCCGCAAGGCGCUCUUCAUGACCAGCGGCAUCAUCAUGCUGGUCUCCUACAUUAUCGUCACCGGCCUGUCCGGCAGCUUCGACGCCACCAAGCACGGCCCGACCGGACUCGCCGUCGUUCCGUUCCUGUUCAUUUACUUCCUCGGCUACGAUCUCGCCCUCACGCCGCUCGUCAUCUCGUACCCGGUCGAGAUCUGGCCCUACCAGCUACGCGCCCGCGGGCUUGCGACCUGCCAGAUGGUCUCCCUCGCCGCCAUCUUCUUCAACACCUUCAUCAACCCCAUCGCGCUCGACGCCAUCCAGUGGAAGUACUACUUCGUCUUCGUCGCCAUCCUCGUCGCGAUGCUCUUCUCGGUCUGGUUCACGUACCCGGAGACGCGCGGCCGCACCCUCGAGACCAUCGCCUGGCUUUUCGACAAGGAGCAGGCCAACGUCGGCAUCGUCUUGGCCGAGGACAAGCUGGAGGGCACCGAGAUGCACAUUGAGGACUCGUCACCGGAAGAGUCUCACAAUGAGAAGGGAGGCCGUUUGUAGUGAUUGUUGCUGCACUGGGGCGUUGUCGGGACGAAAAUGAGACAGCCUGCUUUACUGGUGAGGCAUUGUCUUCCAGAACAGGACUCACGUCAUAUACGCCAGUUUCGAGCGAUGCCAGACGAUGAACGACUUACAUGUAUAAUUAUUUACGUUUAUAAUAAUGAAGCUCAC